AUGCUUGCGCGGUUCCUGUACAAGAACAAUGUCACCGCCAUAGACCUCGACAGCCCUAUGCCUGCUCACGUGGAUAUACCUCGGUUGAGGGAAGGCAAAGUAGGAGGGUUCUUCUGGUCGGUCUAUGUCGGCUGUGCCGACCCACAGGAAGAAGGAAAAGAUUUCAUUAACGCUACUUGGCGUGUUCGCGAUACUUUGGAACAAAUUGAUGUAGCCCGUCUCUUAAUUGACAAGUAUCCCGAGACCUUUCAAUAUGCUGCUACUUCCGAGGACGUAAAAACUGCGAUUCGCAGCGGCAAGAUAGCCAGUCUUUUGGGCGUAGAAGGAGGACACCAACUCGGCAACUCGUUGGCCGUGCUAAGACAGUACCAUGCAUUGGGCGUCCGUUAUAUGACUUUAACUCACACCUGCCACAACGCCUUCGCAGAUUCUUGCGGCAUGGCACCAGGGAAGAAACCCCUGCAUCAUGGGUUGAGUGCGUUCGGCCGAUCGCUAAUCGACGAGAUGAACCGACUAGGAGUAUUAGUUGACUUGUCACAUACUUCGGAUGAUACAGCAAGACAGGCCCUUCAAUAUUCCAAAGCGCCGGUCAUAUGGUCCCAUUCUUCCGCCAGAGCUGUUCAUGAUGUACCACGCAACGUUCCGGACGAUAUCCUUGCGUUAAUAGGCCCCGGUAAAGGCCAGAACGAUGCCGUUGUUAUGGUCAAUUUCGCACCGGCGUUUGUAGCCAAGCCAGACGAGGCCAACGUCGAAACAGUAGCCAACCACGUCGACCAUAUUGCCCAAAUAGCAGGUAAAGAACACGUUGGGAUAGGAAGCGACUUCGAUGGCAUAGGCGACACUCCAAAAGGAUUAGAAGAUGUCUCACAAUAUCCAGCUUUGAUUGCCGAACUAUACAAACGUGGAUGGAAUAAGUACGAACUUGCAGGGCUUACCGGGGCUAACUUCCUUCGCGUCUUCGAAGGGGCGGAACGUGUGGCCAGGGACAUUCAGAUAUCUGGCCGGCGUCCUAACUUCGAUCUAUACAAGAAAAGGCCGGAUCUCUAG